UCUUUUACCCGCUUUACACUUCAAUUUACUCGCACAAAGAGACUUGGCUACCACUACCGAGCCGUGCCCAUCUUUCUUCGAUCCAGUACGGUAGAGUUCGCUUCUCCGAUCGUGCGGAGACCAUCUCCUCCGUCACCAGCACUGACCCAAGUCAACAGAUCUCCCAUUUUCUCCACCAGAUCCGCCUCUGCGCGCCUCCAAAUUGAGCCAAAGAGCAAGAUCACAGCAAUGGCACCCAGUACGAUCCGAAAGGCUAUCGGGGCUGUGAAAGACCAGACAAGCAUUAGCAUAGCCAAAGUGGCUGGCAACAUAGCACCAGACCUCGAAGUCUUGGUCGUAAAGGCGACAACCCACGACGAGGACCCCGCCGACGAGAAGUACAUCAGGGAAAUCGUAACCCUGACCUCGUAUUCCAGAGGGUAUGUCGGUGCGUGCGUGGCUACGAUAACGAAGCGGCUGAGCAAGACCCGCGAUUGGAUUGUGGCCGUCAAGGCUCUGAUGCUUGUGCACAGAGUCUUGGUGGAUGGGCACCCUUCGUUUGAGGAGGAGAUGGUCUAUGCGACCCGGCGGGGCAUGCGGGUCUUGAACAUGUCAGAUUUUAGAGACGAGGCGCACUCAAAUUCGUGGGAUCACUCCGGAUUCGUGAGAUUUUACGCGGCGUAUUUGGAUGAGAAGGUCGAGAGCGUGGUCGUUGACAAGAGCUUGAAAGGCGUGGAUGAGAGGGAGGAUAGGUACAAGGAUGAAUAUGAUAAUGGAAUGAUGGGUAGGAGGACGAGGUCCUAUGGGGAUGUGAGUGAAUCGGCGGGAACAGAGAAGAAGAGAGAGACGCCGAUGAGGGAAAUGCGGCCGGAGAGGGUUUUGGGGAAGUUGAACCAGUUGUUGAAAAUUCUUGACCGGAUAUUGGCUUGCAGGCCGACCGGUGCGGCUAAGACUAGUAGGCUGGUGCUGGUAGCUCUUUACCAGGUUGUAAGGGAGAGUUUUGGAGUUUAUGUGGAGAUAUGUGAGGCAUUAGGGGUGUUGUUGGAUAGGUUUAUGGAGAUGGCAUAUGCUGAUUGUGUUAAGGGCUUUGAUGCUUAUGUUAGUGCGGCGAAGAUGAUUGAUGAGCUUGUGGCGUUCUAUAAUUGGUGUAAGGAUAUGGGGAUUGCGCGGUCGUCGGAGUAUCCUGAAGUCCAGAGGAUUACUGAGAAGCUUUUGGGGACCCUCGAAGGGUUCUUGAGGGAAAUGGCUGAGCGGCCGAAGAACGCGGAGACAAGUAGGGUGGAGAAGGAGAAGGCACCCGUGAAGGAGGAGGAGGAGGUGGAGCCGGAUAUGAAUGAGAUAAAGGCUCUUCCUCCGCCAGAGAAUUAUAACCCUCCACCCCCACCUGAACCUGAGGCUAAGGCUAAACCACAGCCUCAGAAGGUGGCUGAGGACUUGGUGAAUUUGAAGGAUGAUGCAAUCUCAGCUGAUGAGCAAGGCAACAAAUUGGCUUUGGCUCUGUUCUCUGGACAACCGGCUACGAAUACAGAUGGUUCAUGGGAAGCUUUCCCGUCGAAUGGGGAGCCUGAGGUGACAUCAGCAUGGCAGACUCCUGCUGCAGAGAUUGGUAAAGCAGAUUGGGAGUUGGCAUUGGCAGAAUCAGCUAGUAAUCUCUCGAAGCAGAAAGCUACAUUGGCAGGCGGGUUUGAUUCAUUGCUGUUGAAUGGAAUGUAUGACCAAGGGGCAGUGAGGCAGCAUGUGAGCACCACUCAAUUGAGUGGUGGAAGUUCAAGUAGUGUGGCACUGCCUGCGCCAGGCAAGACUGCUACACCUGUGCUGGCUCUUCCUGCUCCAGAUGGUACAGUCCAGGCAGUAGGGCACCAGGAUCCCUUCGCCGCAUCGCUUGCAGUGCCACCACCUUCAUAUGUUCAAAUAGCGGAUAUGGAGAAGAAGCAGCAGUUUCUUGUGCAGGAGCAGCAGCUCUGGCAGCAAUAUGGAAGGGAUGGGAUGCAAGGCCAAGUGGCUUUGGCCAAGAUUGCUGGUGGUCCUGGCUACUAUGGCCCGACCCCUCAACCAAUGAUGCCUUAUGGGAUGCCACAGCCAGGAGGGUACUACUACGCACCCUAUUGAAAUACCUUUUUUAUCAAAUGGCUUGUUCUUCCCAUAUUGCGGAUAACUAUUUUACUUCCUUACACUCUUUCGGAGGAUUUUCUAUGCUCUUCAUUGUUUGCCAAUGUGUUCAUUUCUGUACUUACAUUCGAAGGGAGUGAAAGACAUAUGGGUUUUGAAUAA